GAUAAAAACUUUACUUGGACGAACGACAAGGUGGCUUUAAUUUUCAGUGUUAUUUUAGACUACAAAACUGCAAAGUCCAAUGAAGGCUUGGACUGGGAAACAAUACAAGCUUUUUCUGUCGUCGUCUUGUCUUCAGAAUGUCCUUUUCUUCAGAAUUUGACAACGUAGUUACGCCACAAUCAAAGCCUCGAUAACCUGAAACAGCCAUACAAAAGACCUCUUUGUGAAUCCGUGACAAUAUCGUCUCGGAUAGGUGUUUACACUGUCCCGUUCAAAAACGGAACCGUGACGGUACGAAAUUCGUUCGCUUUCAAAGCAGGGUCAAAACUGUUCCAGAUAGCAGAGCAAAAUCGUCUCGGUUCCACAGUGCUAGUGUAAACGGAAGGGCGAACCGCGACAGUUUUGUCACGGUUCCAAACUUGCACGGGACAGUGUAAACGGGGUCGGAGUCAGCGCAGCUCUUGUGAAAGAUUCGAUAAUAGAACGUUACUCGACAUUUUCGAACGAAAAGCGACGACCUCUUGUUUGAAUAAUUCUCAACUAAGUCGUUGCAGCUCUGCUCAGAGAAGGAAACAUGGCCGAUAAAGUGCAAAGUGCCUAUUCCCGAUUUUCCUCAGAGGAAGACUUUCCUCAGUUAGCAAAACACAGCAAUUGGAUGGCAAAGGUUUUAACCCAAGAGAUGUAUGCCAAGCUUCGGAAUAAAGCAACAGUGAAUGGUUUCACAUUUGACAGCGCGAUUCAAACUGGAGUUGAUAAUCCAGGACACCCGUAUAUAUAUACAGUAGGCUGUGUUGCAGGGGAUGAGGAGACGUACCAAGAUUUCGAUGAAUUCUUCGAUCAAAUCAUUGACUUGCGCCAUGGAGGAUAUCCUAAGACAGCUAAGCACAAGACGGAUUUGGACCCUAACAAUUUGAAAGGAGGUGACGACCUAGACCCAAAUUACGUCUUCUCGUGCCGCGUCAGAACUGGACGAAGCAUCAGAGGAUACUGCUUACCGCCACAUUGCAACCGCGCUGAAAGGCGAGCCGUAGAAAGAGUCCUCACAGAGGCUUUACAAAAACUCGACGGAGAGUUUUCUGGCAAAUACUACCCUCUGAAUAAGAUGACGGAAGAAGAGCAAGAGCAACUCAUUAAUGAUCAUUUCUUGUUUGACAAACCAGUUUCACCGUUGCUUACUUGCGCAGGUAUGGCGCGCGACUGGCCUGAUGCUCGUGGAAUCUGGCAUAACGACACAAAGAAUUUUCUUGUUUGGGUAAACGAAGAAGAUCAUUGCCGCAUCAUUUCAAUGGAAAAGGGAGGAAACAUGCGUUCUGUUUUCAAGCGAUUCUGCGAUGGCCUCAACAAAGUUGAAGAAUUGAUCAAGAAAUCUGGUAAAGAAUUUAUGUGGAAUGAACAUCUAGGCUACGUAUUAACAUGUCCUUCAAAUCUGGGGACUGGGUUGCGAGCUGGUGUGCAUGUGAAACUUGCUAACCUGAGCAAGAAUGCAAAGUUUGAUGACAUCCUGCAGAGGUUACGUCUACAGAAGCGUGGAACUGGUGGUGUAGAUACAGCUGCAGAAGGAGGCAUCUUUGAUAUAUCAAAUUCAGACAGGCUUGGAUUCUCAGAAGUUGAAUUGAUGCAAAUGGUGGUGGAUGGCGUAAAGCUGCUUGUUAGCAUGGAGAAGCGUCUUGAAAGCGGCGAGCAAAUUGAAGACAUCAUACCAGAGGCUAUUCAAAGGAACGUCAGUUGCUGAAUAUUAGUGGCUGUUCUCAUGGAAUUAGAUUCUGUUCAUAUGAAUAUUAAUGACUUUUUCAUGAAUAUAUGAUUGACUUUAAUCAAAGAUAUUUUGCCACUUAAACAUUGUCAAUCAGCCAAAGAUAUAGUUUAGAUCAUAGAACUUGCAUAACGUGUUGUAGAUUUCUCUAGCUCCUGUAGUCAAAGUGUGUGCUCCGAUGCCUUAGAUUGGGCUGGAGGUAAAUGCAGUUGCAAGAGUUUUUUAUCAUUUUCAGGUCAUAGACUUGUAUUCCAGGGAUCAAUUUUUAAGGGUUUUAUGGACGAGCACGACAAGUUCGUAAUUUAGUUUAUAACCAUACAUAAUGCACAGAGAACUGCCUAACCGAAAUUUUUGAAAGCUUAAAUAUGAAUGCACGGUUAGCAAAAUUUUGACCUUCAAAUUUUUCUUAUCUGAUGUUUUCAUCAGAAAGAGCUUGCAAAAGUCAUCUGACCUAUAAGCAAAAGUUAUGGCCGUGGAAACGUUUUGUCUUGUUAAAAAUUUUACUUCUCUAAAGUUCAAUGAUGGUUCAGUCGCAUAGCUGUGGAAUUAUGAAUUUUAUAAUAAAAACAUAAAGUUUGGUACAAACAACGCAAUUUGAUAUUCUAAAAAGACAAAAUGGAUAUCAGGCUUUGAAAGGGCCCCCAAAAGCUAUUUUGGACUGGGGUCCUUUUCCUCUAUUACGUAGCGCGCCCUAACGUUUUAACUUUGCAAGUUAUACGACAGAACCUUCGUUUUCUGCUGUAAUCUGACGCGCUGAAUAGUAUGAGAUGCAGGCAUACCCGAUUAGCCAAUCAGAAUUCAAGAAUAUGACAACAAACGUGCCUUAAGCUUGGUUCCCACUAGGCGACUAAAUGCAUUCAAGUGCAUUCAAGUUCCGGGCAUUCAACUUGGAGGAGAUGAACACAAUUGAACGCUCACAAAAGUUAAACCCCAAGUUCAAAAAAUUUUGAUCUGUGCGUUGAAACAUAAAAAAAGCCGAAAAAUUCAAAGAAUGUUUCAUUCAUCAACCAACAAGUAAGAUGCAAAUGUAAAGCCAAAAUAAGGCAAUUUCAACCGUAGCAACGCAUGAAAUCGACUUCGUGACUGUUAGCACCUUGCGAUCAAUAAAACACUGCCAACUAACAGAUUUCUGCUAGCCUGUAAAUUUUGAAAAGAGCUAUACAAUCAGGAUUAUUUGAAAUGACUAACGAGAGGCCAUAAACUGAAAGCAUAUAACACCUACAAUGAACACCGUAAAAGAAUUGCGAAAUUUGUGCCACGAAAAUGCAAGGGAACUUAAGUUGCGACCCUGUUGCCAUACUUCGGAUAGUGUGGCUAACAAUGGCCUUUACAAAAUUUUCAAGAGAGGGUUACAACAUCUUACAAUUGCAUAAUUCAUGAGUGAUAAAAGAGCAAAAAUGAUAUUUUUUUAGUGUUUGAAUGCAUGUCCGAGAGUCUUUAAAAUGCGACAUUUUGACUUGUCUUCAUACAGCUAGCUGAGUAUUUAUGUUUUGCAAGUGGGAAUGCCUCGGUAGUUUAUCUGUUAUCUCUGAUUAAAUUAAAGGUUUAGAGAUCAACGCACUUGAACGCACUUAGUCGCCUUGUGGGAACCAAGCUUUAUGGAAUAUACCAUAAAAUAAACUUUAAAAUGAAAGAAAAAAUUGAAUUUCUUUUAAAUAAAUUUUUGAACUUGCAAUUACAUCUACUUUAUUGCAAUUCCGGCAUCAGAUCCUAGGAAAUUAAAUUGUUUUGCAUUUUUCAACCUGUUCUUAAAGAAAUGAAAAACAAAAUCUUCAGAGGGUAUUUUGGUAAUGAAAUUACAAUUGUUUUUUUUCCAUAUCGCAUCACAAACUCCGAUAUAAAAUUUGCAAUGACUUUGAAACACAGUCAUUACACUCAUUUCGUCAACUAGCUAUAAAGCCUGCCAUUUGAUUGGUUGGGCAAAAUAUAAUUUCAAUUUUCAAUGCAGUCUCGUCAUAAAGACUUGAAAUGGUAAUUUACAUGGCAAAAUUAUCAAGCUUACUAUUAGUUAAUUUGUUCUAUAACUUUUAUGGGCUUUAGAUGGUGUAGACAAAGGUAAAAGAUGCUAAACACUUUUUUAUUUAUGGGUCUGUAGUUUUCGUAUGAAUGUUAAGGCACAAAACUGCUAAAAUUGAAUUAUGAAUAGCGCAAUGGCCAGCCUAAAAUUAUUCAGAUAUUACUGCUUUUUAAAGUUAUUUACCUAAGCUUUUCUUUCGAUGUUUGCGCUUCAAUGAUUUUCAAAUUUGCCGCAAUUAAUCUUCAAAAUAUGAUCUUUUUAAAAUGUGUGUUAGCAAUACUACAAUGGGGCUGGAGUUGUUUCUUUCUACUUGUUCCUUUCUCCAUUACCGAAGGCAAUGUACUCAUUAGAGUAUCAUUGUGCCUCCUUACCAUCGCAUAUCACUGACCCGCAAACCUUGCAUGGAAAGAUAACAUUGUCAGGCAGUGGUGGCGCCAGCUAUUACAAAGUGGGAGGGUAAUGGGCGCGGCCAGUGGGACCACGGCCCUUUUGCCUUGUUUCUGUGAUUUGGACGGAGUUAAUUUUUCUUAGGAAAUUUGAUCUACCCCUAUCCAGCGAUUUUUAAUCCAUUUUUAGAAGAAUUAUGUAGACCAUAUUUUCAGAAAAGUGGGGGUAAUUUUUGAAUAUCUGUGAUUAGAAAAUAGCAGGAAUGAGCUGAAAUAAAUCAUGCUAAAGUAUUUUUCGCCCAACACUGCUCAGCAUAUAGUGUAUUGGAUUUUGUUUAAGAGCAGAAAAGUUACCGUAUUUCUUCGAAAAUAAGCCGUGGCUUAUUAUUUCUAUAAAUGAAAUUUUUCAGCCUACUUUUUAAGCGGCUUAUUUUCGAAGUAUUUUCUCAAAAGAAAAGAAAAAUUUGAACAACAAAUUCUUUGUAAAGUAGGUAUUUACUUUAGAGCUUCUGUUCUAAACUGGGCAGAGAUCGACUUUCUC